AAAGAGGGGAGCUUGAGAAAUCAUGCUGGUUUCUGUGGAGAGGGUCAGGUCACGAUACUAACGUCUCGCUCCUAGUCUUAGUCCUUCCCAUCCAUUUUGAGAAUGGAAGUGUUCCUGAUGGGGCCGCUGAGGCUCACUCUUCUAGUUCUGCUGAGCGGCGUGUCAUUUGGAGUGGUUGAACUGGAGCCCCUCGCUCAAAACCAGCCUCAGUCUCUCAGUCCCCAUUCACCUCAACAGAACAUCACCCUGGCAGUCAUCCUGCCUCUACACAACACUGAGUACCCCUGGGCAUGGCCCAGGGUCGGCCCUGCCUUGCACUGGGCCCUGGACAAGGCGAACUCUGACCCCAACCUGCUGCCAGGCUACCAUCUACAACUGGUUUUCAACAGCAGCGAAAACAAGGAAGGAGUGUGUUCGGAUUCAGUGGCUCCUCUCGUGGCCGUGGACCUGAAGUUUUCAUAUAACCCCUGGGCUUUCAUUGGGCCAGGAUGUGACUACUCGUCCUCACCGGUGGCCCGUUUCACAACACAUUGGGAGGUUCCGAUGAUCACGGGUGGAGCGAGAGCACUGGGUUUCAAUUUGUACUCAUCCAUCACCAACAUCGGCCCCACGCACAAGAAGCUGGGCGAGUUUGUGGUCAGGAUGCACCGGCAUUUCGGGUGGCACAAACACGCCCUGCUCAUGUUUAGCGAUAAUAAGAAAGACGACCGGCCGUGCUACUUUGCCGUGGAGGGGCCGUACACACAGAUGCGCGAGGACAACAUCACAGCAGAUGACAUGGUGUUUAAUGAGGAUGAUGAACCCGUCCGUUAUGAAGUGCUUCUCCGGGACAUCAGCCAGAAAGCCCGUGGUAAGUGUGACAUGCGAUGGGGUGGGAAAACGAUGUCAAGUACUAAUGGCAGGCUGAUGUUAGAUGUCACAUAUGUCAAAUGA